CUUACAGCCUCUUCUCCGGUGAGCCACCGGCGAUGGGUAGUCGCGGCGGCGGCCGCGAGCGGCUCUUGCUACGACUCCUCGCCCUCUCGUCGCUGCUCCUCGUCGCCGCCGGGGAGGUCAUCUUCGAGGAGCGCUUCGAAGAUGGUUGGGAGUCCCGCUGGGUGAAGUCUGAUUGGAAAAGGAGUGAAGGGAAAGCUGGAACGUUCAAACACACGGCAGGAAGAUACUCUGGAGAUCCUGAUGACAAAGGUAUACAAACAACGUUGGAUGCUAGGCAUUUUGCUAUCUCAGCCAAGAUCCCAGAAUUCAGCAACAAGGGUCGUACAUUGGUACUCCAGUAUUCCAUAAAGUUUGAGCAGGACAUUGAAUGUGGUGGUGGAUAUAUUAAGCUCAUGUCUGGCUAUGUCAACCAGAAGAAAUUUAGUGGCGACACUCCAUACAGCUUAAUGUUUGGACCAGAUAUAUGUGGAACUCAAACAAAGAAGCUCCAUCUCAUACUUUCAUAUCAAGGGCAGAACUACCCUAUCAAGAAAGAUCUACAAUGUGAAACAGACAAGUUGACGCACGUUUACACAUUCAUACUUAGGCCUGAUGCAUCCUAUAGCAUACUUGUUGAUAACCGCGAAAGAGAAUCUGGGAGCAUGUACACUGACUGGGACAUCCUUCCUCCUCGUAAGAUCAAGGAUGUUCAUGCCAAAAAGCCUAAGGAUUGGGAUGACAGAGAAUAUAUUGAGGAUCCAGAUGCAGUUAAACCAGAGGGCUAUGAUUCUAUUCCAAAGGAGAUUCCUGAUCCAAAAGACAAAAAGCCUAUCACAUGGGAUGAUGAUGAUGAUGGCAUAUGGAAGCCUAGAAUGAUUCCAAAUCCUGAAUACAAGGGACUGUGGAAGCGCAAGAAAAUCAAGAAUCCUAACUACAAGGGUAAAUGGAAGAUCCCAUGGAUUGAUAAUCCAGAGUUUGAGGAUGAUCCAGAUUUAUAUGUGCUGAAACCCUUGAAAUAUAUUGGAAUUGAAGUUUGGCAGGUAAAAGCUGGUUCUGUUUUUGACAACAUCCUCAUUUGUGAUGAUCCGGAGUAUGCGAGAAAGGCUGCUGAGGAAACAUGGGGUGCAAAUAGGGAGGCCGAGAAAGAGGCUUUUGAAGAAGCUGAGAAGGAGAGGAAAGCUAGAGAGGAUAAGGAAGCUGAACGAGCAAGAGAGGAAGGAGAGCGUCGCAGGAGAGAGAGGGGUGAUCGGCACCGUGGCAGGGAUUACAAGGACAGAUACAAAAAACGUUACAGGGAUCACUGGGAUGAUGACUACCAUGAUGAACUUUGAAGUCAUCAAAAGUGCAUUCUUCGAAUGAAAGAAACUGGGAUUUGCCCUGGGAAUUGCUUAUAAUUGUUACCAAUAAUUGAUCCGCGAGGCCAGAACCACAAGUGUUACUUGUUGCGUAUGACAAAAAGAAAAUGAAUAUUCAGAUUGGGAUGAAAUGGAAAAGCCUGAAGAUCAUUCCUUUUGGACAAGACAGAUGAUUCCACUUACCAUCAACACAUUGUUUUUGGACGUGAAGUAGUGAAAUGUGACGUUGUAACGCUGUGAACGUAACCUGCACGGGGUGACGUUCUGCUACUUUUUUGAAUAUUCAGAACAUGUUUACUUGCAAAUACAAAAUAAUGUAUUGUUCCACUGCAUAUCAAGCUAGUUCAGCCA